AUGUUAUCUCUCGACGAAACACUAAGGCUCAAUAACGAAGGCGUGGCCCUAUUCCGGGCCAAUGAACCAUCUAGGGCUGCUGAGAAACUGCACUCGUCACUUAUUGGAGCAAGAUCCCUCAUUCAUCGAGGAACAGCAGCAGCAGAUCACCCCAACGCACCAGACCUCCUGCAAUCAUACUGUGAAGAAUCUCAACAUCACGAUUGCUGCAGCAAAGAUCGAAAUGAAUUCUUUCUCUUCUUGCGGGCAUUCGCUUUCAGAGGAGUACCUGAACAACAGGGAGGAUCGACACAAGCAGCGCUAUGUGUUUAUAGUGCGGGUAUUCUUUUCAAUCUUGCCAUCUUGCAUCACAAGCACUGGAUGAAAGACGGGUCACCUGCCUUUCUGGACAAGGCAGUCGUCUUUUACCACACAGUUCUUCAGAUAAUUCAAGCGAAUGGCGCCUAUGAGCACAUCCCAACGCUGCUUCUUCUAGUUUUGGUCACGUGCAACAAUUUGGCUCAAAUCGAACUCGAAAAGGGUAUGGUUGAAAACGUAAACCAGCAUCUCCGUUACAUGACUGGAAUUUUGUAUACAAGGAAAAGAACGCUUCUCAUGACGCUAACAAGGAUUGAAGUCGAAGGCCUCUUAUCCAACGUCUUAUCAGGAGGCCGUCUGAGUACAGCUCUGGCAGCGUAG